AUGAGCUCGACAAGUAUCGGUCAAUUAAUGGCUGAUAUGCGUCAGCUUGUCAUCAGCUUGCAAACACGUGAACGCGCUACGGAUAAUGCUCUUGCAAAAAGUCAGAUUCUUAGUGACAAAAUUUCUGGUAUGAAGGAGUACCAGGAAGAAGUGGCAAAUAUGAAUGACUGUUGGCGAAUGCAAGGCCGCAAAGUGCUUGUUGCAGGCUUGCAACAUGAAAGUCGGCAAAUUUUGCAGUUGCAGCAAGAAAAUAGGGAACUUCGACAGGCGUUGGAGGAUUGCGAAAAUACUCUACAAUUAAUAAUGCAAAAGCAUAGGGAUGUUGUAACAAAGCUUGCAAAGCAAUUUAUUCCAUCAUUUCGAAAUUCAGUUACACAUGCUAGUAAAAAGUGUGAAGCUUCUAUAAACGAAAAAAUUGUCAGUCUAUCAAGGUUGUUGAAUGAAUGUCUUGCGGAUGGUGAGAGCGUUUUGAAUCAUGAUCAAGAGUUAAUUGCAAGGCUUGCAACAGAGAAUGCAUGCCUUAGGGAAUUGCUAAAUAUUUCAACUCAUAACGAACCAAAUAUUGCUCGGCAUUUCCUGGAUCUUGCAAAUGGUGGAAUAUCGAAUUAUUCUCACUGCUCGACAACUGUUUAUGAUAAAAACUGUGAACAAAGUAAGGAUAAAAUAUUUGAUUUACUUUGA